CGACGGUGUCUAGGAUCGGGCGGAGGGAGUGGUGGCUGUGGACGGAGUCUCGGGAUUGGUAGAGUUCAUCGCCAAACUUGUUGACUCAUAACCGAGCAGCUCCUCUCCAUCCUUCACGGCGCGGAGCUGUCCACGGCGAGUGGUGCUGAAACUAUCACCUCGCGUCGCCGCCCUUGGAUUUUUUUCCCCCCCACGGUUUGUUUGCGUUGUUGUAGCCUUUGAGGUGUAUUUGCUCUCGUGUCGCGCCUACAGACGACUCGUGUCAUCUUUACUUGACGGAUUUCUCCCACUCCAGCCGGAGCGCGUCGAGCCUUCAACUUCUCAGGCGGAAAUCGAAGCGCAGCCAUGGCUUUCAUGGUGAAACACGUGGUGGGGGGACAGCUGAAGAACCUGACGGGAGGACUGACGGAGGAGAAACCCGAAGCGGAGAAAUCGGAAGCCGCGGCGAAGGGGAUGACUCAAGAGGAAUUUGAACAAUACCAGCAACAGUUAGAGGAGGAAAAGCGAGAGCGAGAAGCCAAUUUUGCCCAGAAAAAAGCCGAGAGAGCCACGGUCAGAAGUCAUUUUCGGGAAAAGUACAGGCUACCAAAGAACGAGGUGGAUGAGACGCAGAUCCAGCAGGCGGGCGACGACGUGGUGCUGCCCACGGAGCUGGCCAAGAUGAUCGCAGAGGACAACCAGGAGGAGACGCACAAGCAGUCGGUGCUGGGCCAGCUGUCCAACAUCCAGAACAUGGACAUCGACCAGCUGAAGGACAAGGCCCAGGCCACGCUGGAGGACCUCAAAAAGCAGACGGAGAACUGCAGCCUCAUGUGAUCCGGUCCGGUCCGGUCCGGUCCGGUCCGAGCUCCCGCAGAUCAGCGUUCCGCUCGUGCAAAUAUUUGUCAGAGGCACAAAAAGAAACCCACCCUGCCCUGAAGAGAGAGAGAGAGAGAGAGAGAGAGAUGUAAUAACAGUUUUUGCAGCAGCUAAAAAGACGCCCAGCAGUAGAGAAAGGAGAUGAGGGAGAUGAUGAUGUCAUGGAAUCCCACUAAAUGAUGGAAAAUGAUGACGAGUAGGUGAGCUUCAUAGUUAGUCCCUGUUGACCUUCAAAAUUACCAAAGGACACGAAUGUCAGUCAGACUUUUGCUCUAAAAUCAGUCAGUUUGCACAUUUACGCUGCAGAUGUUGGGCUCGUUCACAUAUUGAAUAAAAUGCUUCCUCUGACAAAUAUUUGCCUUCCACUCCCUCGACCCCCCGACCUCCGACCUCCCUCACCGCGCGCCUCGCGUGCCCAGCGCGGACGCUUAUGAAAACGGGCAAUAAUCACUCGGGGGCUGAUCUUUAGCGAUAGUUAGCUUCCCGGCGGACGCUCCCCGUGCUUUUGAGCCUUUUCCCGAACAUAUCACCCGAAGGCCCCCCUCCCCCUCCCCCUCCCCUCCCCCCACGCUUCAGUGUGCCUUGGCUGCCCGAACAAGGUCUGACCCCGUAGACGUCCAGUGAGCUACGCGUCACAAAGACGAGCCGCCGCGUUCGCCGCCGCUCAUAAUCCUCGCCGAGUCCGAGAUCAAUGUGGAGCGGGUCUGUGUUCUGUGUGCCGCAUCCAGAAGUCCACAUGAAUACCUACAAAAGCUGCUGAAACGACAGGACAGACCUGUAAAUGCUUUGGAGGUUUAUGCCAGAGCCUUCGGUGACAAACGCUCAAAUGGCCUAAAUAUCUUAAAUCGUGUUUAUAAAUCCAACAGAGUCGACAAGCAAAUAUUCAUGUUGUAUAAGGUAUAAACGUCUCUGCUCAUCCUCCGCUCCGUUCUCACCCCCCACCCCCCUCCUCCUCCUCCGCCGCGUCUCGUGCCGCCGUCGACCUUAAUAUGACCUGUGACCCGUUCCCCAUCUCAUCCCUGCCCUCCUCAGUGGUGCCCUUUCGUGCUGGUGGACUCGUGUUGUUUAGACGACGUGAUAUGUUCAAGUGGUGUCUUUGUAAAAACACACAAAAAAAAAGAAAACAAGCCCAAACCUGGUCCCGUGGUUGAAAGUGCUGGUGGCAGUGUUUCCGUUCAGUCUAGUGGGCUUCACGCUGCGUUCGCUGCCCAGCGGGACGACGGACGGGAUGUUGUUGAUGUCGUUGCGUUCAUGAACAUCCCAUCUUUGACCGUGUUUGACUCCAUGUUGCAGCGGUGCAUCUUUCCUUUUUCCUUUUUAAUUCUGCCAUACAAGUGCUGAGCGAAACCAGAACAAAAUCUGCACAUUUACAUCCCAAUGUUUUUGUCCUGUGAUAGAUGAAUAGUACGUUUGUAAUAUUUCAGUAAUAUAAAGCAGAGAAAAAGAUGCAAUAAGUUAUUUUAUAAUAGAGACUAGAAUCUGUUGGAUGAUGAGGUUAUACUAAUGGUUGGAACCGAAGCCAUAAAGCAACUGUUUGCUUUGUAUGAGUGUGACUCAUUUGUGCUACUUGAAAUAAUAACUCAACAGUAAUAAUAAUACUAAUAAUAAUAAUAAAUAUUGUAAUCCUGUGCAAUUGAUAUUUUUUCUAGGAAAUGGCUGCCAUGACACGCAAUCCUGUCUCGUUUUCUUGUCUGUUUCUUUGUUUCACAGUAUCUUUAUCAUUCUGUCUCUGAAAGUAUUUCAGUGAUUUGACUUUUAACUGCAAUAAACAGAUUUUUAGGAUAA